CGGAGGAGACGAAGAGCGACAUCCACCUUUUCUGCGUGCAUCUUCUCCCGAGUCUGCAGCGUCGGCGUCUUUAGGGAGGCAGCAGAGGCAGUGACAUGACGGGCCCGUACUGGCAGCUUCAGUGUCAUCGUCAAGCCGGAGCUGAGAGAAACCCCCCCUGGAUAGGCGCAAACAAUGUCGGCAUGCCCAGGACAGUCUUCUGCGCCAUCUAAACUGACCGGAACCUCCAGCCAGGCGGUGUCAUACCAUCCGCCGUCGCAGUCGCACUCGCACUCGUUUGGCCCGGACUCACCAGCUCGUCGUGUCUCGGGCCCGCUUGUGGGAGGCCAGUCGUCCAGCAACCUAGCUUCAGCUAGGAACAAUCAGUCGAAGAAGGCGAACCACAAGCGUCAGCGGAAACCUCGUCUGGCGGACGAGGAUGCUAUUGCUGAAGCCGUGCGUGUUCUUCAUAGUCCUUGUCUCUUGUGUUGAGAUCGUUUUAUCCAGAAAACACCCUCCCGUACUGACUCAGAUGCAGGCAGCCAUGAGGUCAACUUCCAGCAGAAAAGGCCAAACCUCUAUCACUCACUUGAUGAACUUUUCGCUACCUCCACGACCUCACUCAUCUCCUUUCCGGCCCCAUCGUCACGUAACCUACCAUUCUGGCUCACACCGUGUUGAUAAAGCGAGAUACGUCAAUGCAAACUACCGGUUUAUAGUGAACCCAAAGAAGAAUUACCAUGCACAAGCCACUAAUGCAGACGUCCACUUGGAUUGGGACACCGUGCUGCAGGUGUUGGUAUCGACAUCGUCCUCCCAGUCCACCAGCUGUCCCAUCUGUCUCUGUGUUCCUGUAGCUCCACGGAUGGCCAAAUGUGGACAUAUCUUCUGUCUGCCUUGUCUUAUCCGCUUUCUACACACUGUUGAUGACCAGGAUGCACCUCCUGUCAAAAAGGCGAGAUGGAAGAAAUGUCCAAUAUGCUGGGAUCCGGUUUACAUGUCCGAAACUAGAUGUGUACGGUGGUACUCUGGACAGCAGAUCGAUACGUUGAUGGAAGGCGGGGAUGUCUUUCUCAGGCUAGUCAUGCGUCACCCUGGCAGUACUCUUGCACUUCCCCGGGAUGGGGCUGACCGACACCCUCACGGACCCGAGGACGAUCUCCCGUGGUAUAAUGCAGCAGAAGUAACCGACUAUGCACGGUUCAUGAAGGGCGGAGAGGAGUACAUGAUAUCUCAGUAUGAUGCUGAGCUCGAGGCUCUUGAGAGGCAAGAACAGGAAGACGAGCUUCUUUUUGGACAGGACUCAACAUGGACCCAGAAGGCCAUGGCUGCCAUUAGAGAAGCCAAAGAAAAGAUCAAGGGAAUUGGUAACCCGCCUCAUUUUCAUAGAAACGACGGAGAGGAGGACAAACAUGAACAGGAUCUAUCUCUAUCUACCUCACCACCUACAGAAAGGACCCCGGCUUCGCAUUUGCCUGGAACAUCAUCACAUUCAGGGCAUGAUACGACACCCAGCAGCAAUCCAGUAAAAGCAGCUGAAGUUGAGGAUGUCUUGUCUAGGGUGUCUAAGCUUGAUAUACACCCUCAGCCGCACACCAAGCAAUCAGCUCCAUCAUCGGAUGAAAGGACAUCCCACUCGACCGCCAACGAAUCGGAAAGAGGCCAUCCUCCCGAUGUGCCAUACUAUUUCUACCAAGCUCUACCCCAUUUCUAUCUCUCGUCUCUUGACAUACGAAUUCUAAAAUCUGCAUUUGGCGACUUCUCAAUGUUCCCAUCCACCAUACUACCCCGAGUUGAGCACAUAUCUACAGGCCAUAUCAUGGACGAUGAUCUACGCAAGCGUGUCAAGUAUCUAAGCCAUCUACCCCAUGGCUGUGAGCUGACCUUUCUAGAAUGCGACUGGACCGACUUGGUCAGCCCCAGCGUUCUUGAGAAAUUCAGUGUCGACAUUGAACGCCGCCGGAAGCGAAAUCGCGAGAAAGCAGCCCGUGAAGAGAAAGAGCGUAUCCGUGCUGAACGGGAGGAAGAUGAGAAGCGGCUAGCAGGAGCUAACCGGCGAAAGAGGUCGAGCCUGUCGUCUCCUAAUGAGCGACCCUUCAGCGCUAGUGACUUCCAGCCACUUGGCCCCGGCGCAAGCAGCCUGGCCACCAACGACGACCAUGUAGACACCACUGUUUCCACCGCCUCGCCGCCGUGGUCCUCUUCGCAGAGCCGCAACAACCAGAACCACCAGUCGUUUGCGGCUCUAGCAACGCCGUCUAACAGCCCCCUUUCGCGCCGGACAGUAUGGGGUACAGCUAUGGUCGAAUCCAGCUCCCCCACUGCCGGUUCGAGUCGGGAGCCCUGCCCUCCCAACCAUGAUGAUGGCUGGCUUCAGGACUGGGAAGCAGAGCUCCUGGCCGAGCAGCGGGAGGUCAUCAUGCAUGACACCAACUCCAAUAGUGGCAAUAGUAGCGGGACUGGUAAGCACAUUCUCGGUGCCACACCGGGUAAGAAGAAGAAGGCUAAGAAGAUCACACUAAUGUCAACCAAUGCACGACGAGCAGCGUAGCUGUUCGCAAGAGGCCUGGCUACGAGUCAGAGCGCUCUUCAAAUAAUACUAACCACCCCUUCAGUAUCUUUCUACUUUGGUGAUAAAUGACAGAUUCAGCCUUUCCGGGGUAUUUUCGAGCCUCAUCUCCCGGUUCCUUGUCGCAAAUGUUAAUAGAAUCCGUCUGUCGACAGAGACAGGUUUGCAUCCGUAUAUAAUAAAUCAAACAUCAAACAGACAGUGCAAUGGCAGUGCGGCCCUUCAGAACCACAAACCCCUGUCCUACUUCCAUAUAUCUUCCCUUCUCCACCCCCCGACCAGUAGUAGCCGUCCAGUCGAUAUAAACCCAGCCGCGCCCUGGCUAACUGCAU